GUUUCCUCUCUCCAAUCAGCUGAUUGCCAAAUCAGACCUUUUCACUUUCCAAAAAUACACAAAUACAUUUAAAAAUUUGUCCAUUAAAAGUUACGUAAUUCGAUACUGCGUGGAACUGAUUCAAUUAUAAGCUUGCCUCGCGACAAUCGGAUUAAAUUCGUGCUUGUCAUUCAUGUACAAAACAACUAGGAGAGUAGUGCACCUGGUAUGUUGUAAUUUCUUCAAGGUAUCAAGAAGCGAAAUCAAUUUAACAAUACGACCAGCAUAUUUAGCAGCUUUUUUUAGGAGCAAACAUGUGCACCAAUAUUGAUAAGGAGGAGUUGAGGAAGAGACUUACGCCUAUCCAGUACCAUGUCACUCAGGAAAAAGGCACUGAAAGACCAUUUACAGGCCCUUACAAUAAGGUUUACGAUGAAGGAUUGUAUGUUUGCUUAAUAUGCGAACAACCAUUAUUCAGUUCAGACACCAAAUAUGACUCUAGUUGCGGUUGGCCUGCUUUUAAUGACGUUUUGGAUCAAGGGAAAGUUAAAUUGACCCCAGACACCAGUGGAGUCGGAGCAAACCUUUUACUCCUCAUAUCCCGACCAGGGCUCGUCAGGACCGAAGUGACUUGUGCCCAAUGCGGUUCGCACUUGGGGCACGUCUUUAACGACGGGCCACCGCCUACGAGGAAGAGAUUCUGCAUCAACUCGGCGUCAUUGAACUUUUUACCGAAAGGCAUUGAGAAGAAGACUAAGGAGGGAGAUAAGUAAAUUAUUUUAAGAGUUUUUUGGGAGGUCGAUCAAUCAGCACUACUUUUGCCUUUCCUGGUGUUUCUUUUUUUAUGACAAAUGAAUUUGUGGAAGUGGGAUUCAAAUAAAAACAUCACAAACAAAACCUAUUUAUGUAUACAGGCUUUUACAAUAAAGUUUAAACUGGGGCCAAGUGGCGUUAUUAUUUCGACAAUUUCCCAACUAUUAAAAAUAAUGCAAGGAAAAAAUGCAACCGAAAUUUGGUUUUUAUUUUUCGAAAAACUUUGAAGCUUGUCAUAAUACUGCUUACAGAAUUGCGUAUGUUCGCACCAAUUUAAACGGUUUUAAGGUAAAUUGAAAAACACACAGUAUGACUCCACUGCAAGUAUGGACUAUUUAAAUUUCUUCACUAUUAAACUGUUUAUUAUUUCCUCCACUUACUGAGAUGUCAGUUGAGUUAAAUACUCCGACUUUGUAACAGCCUAUAUACAUAUAAAGGGUUUUUAUUUUUUUGUUCACGUAAAGCGAUAGAGCAAAAGUGCUUUUCGGAUCUCUGUCUGUAAAUGUCUCGAAAACGCUUCUUUAUAUCAUUAUUUAUUAAUCUUAAAAAAUAAAUAUUGGUAAAAUCACCGGUGUUUAUUGUUAAUGUAUUAAAAGCAAAAGUGGUGCAUGGGAUGAUCUUAUUCAUUUAUAUUACGUACUAAGUUUUUUGUUGCCUUUUAAUAACCAGAAAAUUAAUAGGUAUAAACCCCAAUAAUGUGAAAAACAGUAUUGUUAGCUAUAAAAGCCCGUUACACGUUACAUUUUGAUAUUAACCAUAUUAUGAACCUAAUUUUUUACUUAUUUUGUCUGAAUUUUAAUUAAUCUACAGAGGAGUGAUACUGUUUUUUUUUUUCGUUAAAAUCAAUUUUCUAAAAUUGUUUUAAAUGGCAUAAUGAAGUUGAAGAAAAUCGUUGAUGGAAGCUUUGGAUUUAGGGGUUUAACAGAGUAUAAUAGACAAAGUUUAAGUGUGUUAAAAAUUCUAGGGUUACACAGGAUUACACUUAAUUACAUUAACAUUUUAAUGUAAUUAAGUUAAUCAAUUUUAAUUAAUUACAAAGGAUAAGUUGCAAGAGAAAAGAGAUCACUAAAUAAGGGUAUUUUCAGUUAGCAUUAUUGAGAUUUCCACCCUAAGCAGAUCGCCGCAGUGUUUAUUUAUUUUUUAUUUUAAAUAAAUUUAAAGAAGAAUAAUUAGCCCUAAGUAAAUCCAAUGGUGUCUUAGUAGGAACUUUAGGUGUACUACUCACUUUUAAAAUUUAUGUAUUUAAAACUUUUUUAUGUUUCGAUUUUUCUGUUCAUUGUUUGAUUUAUAAAAAAAAUCACUUUAACAUAAGUUACUGGGACAAAACGAUAAAAAAACCGACCACCCGUUAUUUUUUCAGUGUACUCCAUACAAAAAUUGUUAUAGAAAUUAAUGAAGAUAAUCUUUUUUUACAGUCAGUGACGUUCAUUUCUUUGUGACAAAUAUUGUCGCUUAAUAAAUUUACUUUGUUCUAAAAUCGCUCCUUAAUCUUGGCCACAUCCAGUAGCGGCUCAUGGGACAUUCAUAUAUAUAUUUCAAGCUAUAAAAAAUACGUAGAAAUAACAACUAAAAAAUGCCAAAUUAUAUAUAUGCCAUACAACUUAAAACUUAAUAUUAAAGGUUUUCCUUGUAUGUAUUCUUUUAAUUACAGACGUUCAGUCAAAUUAUUUAAACGUUGUUUUGAAGAAAACCGAAAUUUAUUUGAUUGAAUUGAAGAAACAAUGCCCGUAUGUUCAAAAAUUACUUGAAAUAUUUCUUUGAAACCCUAAUGCCUCUCCCUGAUACUUGCUGAUCAUCGUUUUUAAAUUAGCUACUUCUGCUGCUGCUAUCCAUUAAUAAAUGUUUGCGAUCAUCGAAUGUUCCUAUAUUUUUCCUUCUAAAAAUAGUUGGAGCAAAUGAUACUUUUCGUUGCAUGUCCCAAGUUUUCACGUCCUUUCUUAUCGUCCUCAAAAUUUCCUUCUUUACACAUUUCGAAUGCUUCCCCUCUAUUAAUUGUGCUAAACUUCAAUGUUCAGCCUUCCAUAUCAUACGACAUAACAUUUUUUAACCCAUUAGUGCCCAAAGUUAGUUUUUGUUUUAUUUUUAAAUUAUAAUUAGAAAAAAUAUCUUAUUAUGGGCCUUUGCUUUAGGGCGUCCCUUUAGAGGGACGCUGGGCAAAAGGAAAAAACAUAAUUAAAGUAAGAUAACAUGUUUAUUAUGUUUUGUAUAUAAUUACAUUAUCAUGGUAAAGUUUGAAACAAAUUUUAGGAUGCAAUGCAAAGUUACACUUUUCGCAGAUGAAUUGACUUUUUUUCCACAUAGGGCACACAUAUCGGCUGUCGGUUUCAUUGUAGACUAUCAGAUGCCCAAUAUUAUCGAAUCGUACGUCAUGUAAUGGUCGAGGCACUCUGGUUUUUCCUUGCAGGGGUUUAGUACCAAAACUUUUCAAAAAACUUAGCGAUAUGUAUCGUCGAAACACCAACAACUAACAGAGUCAGGAUGAUUUGUUUUCAAUUUUCGCAUAAGUAACCAAGCAUUCACAACAGAUACAUCUAAUAAAUAUAAGACUAGUGGCCAAUGCCAUUUCCUUUGUCGAAAUCUUGAUCUAUAAGCCGCAACAAGACCAUCUAAUUUGUCCACAGCACCCAUAUAUUUAUUAUAGUUGGCUACUAUUUUCGGCUGAGGAACGAUCUUCUUAGAUCGGGUGACCCUGUCCCAACGUAGUGCGUUAGUUACUUCGGUGGUUUCAAAAUUGGAUGCAACAGAAACAAUUAUCUUUCCGUUGUAAGAGCAUGCUGGUGUCAUUUCGAUAAUACUUAUAGCUUUCCCUUUGCUGAUUAUUCCAUUCCUUCUUAGUUUGUACCGGACAUUUCUCUAAACGAUUAUCUCUUAUUGUGCCUGUGACACAAUAAUUGUUUUUCGAUAAAUAGUCAAAGAAACGAAGGCCUGUAAAGUAAUUAUCCAUAAAAAUUUUAUAACCCUUACCUGAAGGUAAUUCGACUUGCUCUAGUAGAGAUAGUACGACAUCUCCACCCAAAUUUCUUUUCUUUUUCUUUGUUUUGAUUUUUUCGGGUAUAAAUUUCAAAACCAUACAUGUAUCCGCUACUCGAACAAAUAGCCCAAUUUUUGUAGCCAAAUCUUAUGGGCUUACCCCGAAUGUAUUGCUUGGCAUAAUGUUUUCCAUAAUAUGGCACCAUGCUCUCGUCAAUGGAUAAAUGCUCAUCAAAGCUAUUGUGUGUUCUAAAAUACAGGUUUAGAUGAUCUAUCAAGGGUCUCAAUUUAUAAAGCCUGUCGUCUUGGGGUAAUUUUGAAUUGUCAUUAAAGUGAAUAUACUUUAGUAGAGUCUCAAACCGAUUUCGACGCAUGCUGUUUUGUAAUAUUUUUGGGAUAUCUUCUUCAUUCCACCAAUAGUCUUCUGUUUGAAUAUUUUCCAUAUCCCGAUAAAAGAAACGCUCCUAGUACCACAUGCAGUUCGUCCAGAGUAAAAUUUAGUUCUACAUUUUUCUGCCGUACAUACCUAUUACUUUCCGUAAUAAUUAACGGCAAAAGUUCUUCAUUGAAAAACAAUUUGAAAAAAUCAACCGGGGUAGUUGCAUUUUUUGCAUCCUGUGAGGGUUCACUAGGGCUAGUGAUGCGAAGAGUCCGGAUUAAUCGUCCGUUCAAUCCGAAUAUCAAAUUAUUCCGAAUCAAUCCGGAUACCUAAAUCGUCCGGAUACACGCCGCCCGUUCGACCGACAAUGAAAUAAAAGCUUGCACGAAGUUCCACCGGCAAAGAGAAUCCGAAUUAAAUCGUCCGGACAAAUAACCCGGCAAUCGGCAAUAUCGUCGCGUCGCCUUGUCUAAACCUAUUGCUUUAUCUAUCCUUAUUGUACUCAUUUAGAAACAUAAGAGACAAACUUUUUAAAGGUCGCCUGACCUUCAGAAGUUUUUUUGUAAACAAAGCAUUUUUGUAGUGAUAUUUUGCAUCGUUUAAAAUACACUUGAUUUAUUACAUACAUAAUUAGCUAUUUUAGUUUUAACAUCAUGUAGAAAUGCGUAAAAACGAAAUGUCUAAUGGGUUGCAUAAUGCAAUACCUUUUAUUCGAAAAACAGCUAUAAAAAACGUUUAUCGGACGGUCGAGCAUCGAGCCCGAAACAUGGCAUAAUUUGCCGAACGGGCGAGACAUCGAGCGGGUGAAUUAAUCCGGAUGAAAAAACUGAAUUCAUCCGAAUCAAUGCUGUCCGGAUAUUGAAUUAAUCCGGAUUUUUACAACACUAACUAGGGCUACAGACAAUCACAAGGUCACUAUUAUUUACUCGGCCAGGAUCAGGCUUCCGCCAUCUUGAUUUUUGGUACGCGUACUCUGUUUGUUGCUUUGUAUUGUUAUUGCCUUUUAGGUUUUUCUGAAGGACAGAUAAGGGCAGUAAAUCUUCAGAGUCAUUUACGUAAGCUAUUUCACAUUCCGCGAGGUAGGUGAUUUAUAUUCGCUGCAUGCCCAUCCUCAGAUUCGUCGCUAUUAACUUCGGUCUCGUUUCCAUCAUCUGGAGGUAAAAUAUAGAUGUUAGAUUCCGGCAAGUCGUCAUCCUCCUCUAAACAGUCCAUUAGUUGAGCUAAGGUCAAUCUGCAAUGAAGGAGACAUAGCGCUUAGCGUCCCUUAUAAGGGACACAACAUAUGUAGUAACGUAUUUUACACGCGGUUACAAAAUCAGGGGUUCGAUGACCUUUACUAUUUUCUUUGAACAUUAUUUAUGAAGAUUCAGUUAGUAAUCAAUGCGGAAAAUGUUUAUUUACACAUACAUAAAAUAAAACUUACCCUUGAGCCCUAGUAGAGUACAUGGAGGGAUCCAUUUUCAAUAAUACAUAAAUAAUUUCGCGAGAAAUAGAAAACAAAAACACCUGACGCGUCGAAUCAAGUCUGCUAAAUACGCUUUGCAACUCUAAGUGCUCGAUGUAUCCCCACUUUUUUUUUAUCGUAAGGAAUUUGCUGGUCCCUUAUAAGGGACGCUAGGUAUUAAUGGGUUAAAUCUUGUUCUGCCAUCGAGAUCAAAAUUCGUUCGUAAAAACGUUUUUGAAUUUCAUGUUUUGGUUUCCACGUCUUCGCCUAAUCAAGUCCCCAGAUAGUUAAACUUUUUUACUCGUUCUAUGUCUUCACUAUUAUAUGAAAGUUUUUUUUUAAUGUUGAUGUUAAUUCCCACAUAAUAAUAAAAUCAGACAGGUAAUUUAUGUUUUAUUUGAGUACAGUAAAUACUGCUCUAGAUGUAGAAGCAAAUUUGAUAUAUGGCUACCUCAGUAGAAAGUCAAAGUUAUGGCCUUUUGAGCUCUAUCUACAGCAGUUACCACAUUAUGCCUUCUUGUAUUGGGAUAAUUUUACACUGUUUAAUAAAAUGUCAAACUAUAACCAAACUCCCCUGUAGAAUAUAAGAAAACUUUUGCCUCAAAAACAUUAUUGUUUUAUAUCUUUAAUUGUUCCCAUAUUUGUUUUUGUUUACAUUUACUAAACCUUUGUGUAGUAUAUUAGUACAUAAUAUAUUUUUGUAUGCACAAUGUCAUUCAAUUGUUACGAAAUAAAAUUGUUAAAGAAAA